ACUAACAAGUUUAACAAUCCCUUUUUUCUUUUUCUUUUGCUUAAAUGUUCAUCUUCUUCUUCCUGGUUAGCAGCUAAUGCUUUCUUAUAUACGAUUUUGGAAUGCUGAGUUUUUCAUAAAUUUAGUAUCUUAGAAUUCAGAUGUAAGAUGACAGUCAAAGGUGGCACGAGCCAAGCCUGCGCUGCGUGCAAGUAUCAGCGUCGAAAAUGCUCGAAUGAAUGUCCUCUGAAGCCGUAUUUCCCUGCUGAUCAACCUAAAAUGUUCCAAAAUGCUCAUAGGUUAUUUGGUGUGAGUAAUAUUCUGAAAAUUAUUAAUCCACUUCCACCAAACCUAAAAUCGGAAGCAAUGCGGUCAAUCAUUUAUCAAUCAAAUAUUCGCGAUAAGCAUCGAGUUCAUGGCUGUAUUGCCAUCAUUGAACAACUUAAUUUCCAAUAUCAGCAAGCUAAACUCGAACUUGAUGCUGUUAAUGCUCAGCUCGCUAUAUGUCGUCAACAGUACAAUCAGCUUUCUCCAGCACUGCCUUCUUCGGAGUCUUCUCCUUCAUCUCAGUUGCAGUUAGGUAUGGGUGGACCGAGUAACAACAAUGCUAUGCCGCUAUUAAAUCAGCAUCCGUAUCAGAUGUUUGAUGCUAUUGAUAAUGGAAACAGUAAUCUUACUUAUAAUUCUUCGUUAGAUUACAUUGACAACAAGGAUAACAUGAUGAAUCCAUUAAGGCCACAGCAACCAUACAUGGAUAACAACAAUAGCAAUAACUCCAUGGUUACUCAUCAUCAACCACAAUUUAUGGGACAACCUAUCCCUCUCCAGCAACUAUCCCUAUCCGAUGCUCCUCAAGAUUAUGACGAAAUGCCGACAUUGUUUGAUACUAUCGAUGAUAGGCAAUCGUUUAUCGGUUCCAAAGAUCCAUACGAGUCGAGCCCGGAGUCGUCACCCAAGGACACCAAAGAAUCAAUUGAGCAUAUAUCAGAGAAUGAACUGAGGAAUGCUGCGGCAGGGUUGAGCUUAACUAGCGUGAACUAAAAGAAAAUAGUACAAAAUCUUUAUCAAGUUACAUUUUUUUUUUCUUUCACUUCGUAUAUUUGUUAGAUUACAUUCCACAGUUUUGAUACUCGUACAUCGUACUGUUUUGUAAAACUCAUUUAGUUAUGCAAUUUUUGUUUUCAUUUUUUGCACUUAGCUUGUGCAAUU